AUGUUGACCGUGCGUGCUUGCUUCAAUUCUCUCUCGUCUUCAUUGACACCUGCGUGUUUGAUGCCAAAUCAGAAUAAGCCAUCCCCACCUCUCGAGGUCAUUUCUCUGCAUAUCUUUCGAUUGUGGAAGACCCGACAAACCAACAAGCAAAUUGUUCAGAACCUAUGGAAUCAUUAUGAUACCUCACGCUAUGGACUUGGACUCAUGAAAUUUGUACAGAUACGAGUUGGAAUGGGCCUUCUGCGCACACAGCAACAGUCUCAUACCAUCGAAAGUAUUCGCGACGCUAUGAUAGAUCUUCAAGAGAUUUAUCCCAAUGCAGGGGCCCGGGAGAUGGUCAGUUUUCUCUUUCACGAAAAUGUAGUAAUGGCAUACUUCGCUAAAUAUGAGGUCGACCUUGUUCGCCAACGCAAGGCUUGUAGGCUCCGGAGAAAACGGUUCUGGGCAGCAGGUGUUAACGACUUGUUUGCCGUCGAUCAGCACGACAAGUGGCUUAGGUUUGGGCUUGCAUUACACACUGGCAUUGAGCCGUUCUCUGGGCACAUCAUGUGGAUGUGA